CCUUCCAAGCUCCACUUGCCUGCUCCAGCUCCAGCCACCACCUCUCAGCUGCCAUGAAGGUGUCCGUGGUUGCUCUCACCCUUCUCAUCGCCGCCGUCUGCUCCCAGAGCUCUGCUGCACCACUUGGCUCUGACCCGCCGACCUCCUGCUGCUUCACCUACACGUCCCGGCAGCUGCCCCGCAGCUUCGUGGUGGAGUACUAUGAGACCAGCAGCCAGUGCUCCCAGCAGGCUGUCGUGUUUGUCACGAGGAGGGGCCGUGAAGUCUGUGCCAACCCCGAGCAGGAUUGGGUCCAGAAGUACAUGAGUGAGCUGGAGCUGAACUGAGGUGCCAGGACAGACCUCACCAUCCCCCAGCUCCCCAGAGUGAGCCACCACCACCUGCAGGCACCAAUGGCAUGGAAAGCUGGCUGAGAAACCAAACCUGCUCCAGACCCUGACUUCAGGGUUUUGCUAUGGGACUGUGCAAUAACUCCACACCAAGGACAGUAUUUAUUAGAUGUAUUUUUGUAGAUGAAGCCUCAUGCUCAGGUCACAUUUGCUCUAUUUAAUUCAUUGUAUUUUUGAUGCCCUAUUUAAUUCAA